AAUCUCCCUGGGUUUAGUUCUAGUUUGGGCGGUGCGGCGAAAGGUGUCGGCAAAUAUUGUAUAUUUCCAUUGCCUAGAUUACGUAACAGAUAUGGCUUUGGUGUGUGUGGAGGAUUUCGAGAAGAAGGCAGAGGCGCAUCUGGAGAAGAAUGCCCUGGACUACUACAGAAGCGGUGCCGGGGAGCAGUUCACUCUAGGUUUAAAUCGAGAGGCAUUCCGACGUCUGCGUUUGCGCCCGCGUUGCUUGAGGGAUGUCUCUCGCCUGGACAUUAGCUGUGAAAUCUUUGGGGAGCGGAUGAAAUGGCCCCUGGGCAUUGCCCCUACUGCCAUGCAAAAGAUGGCCCAUCCGGAUGGUGAGGUUGGUAACGCCAGAGCCGCCGGAAAGGCAGGAUCCAUUUUUAUUCUCAGCACGCUCUCAACUACUUCGCUGGAGGACUUAGCAGCCGGUGCCCCAGAAACCAUCAAAUGGUUCCAACUGUACAUCUACAAGGAUCGUACCAUUACGGAGAAACUUGUACGUCGUGCGGAGAAAGCAAACUUCAAAGCUCUUGUGUUGACCAUUGAUGCCCCAAUCUUUGGACACCGUCGCGCCGAUGUGCGCAACAACUUCAGCUUGCCCUCACACCUUACCCUGGCCAACUUCCAGGGCAUUAAAGCCACUGGCGUGGCCAGUUCCAACAUGGGUGCCUCGGGGAUCAACGAGUACGUGUCCAGUCAGUUUGAUCCAACUAUCUCCUGGAAGGAUAUUGCAUGGCUGAAGAGCAUCACUCACCUGCCCAUUGUUGUGAAGGGUGUGUUGACCGCUGAGGAUGCGGUUUUGGCCCGCGAAUUCGGAUGUGCUGGCAUAAUCGUAUCUAACCACGGAGCACGUCAAAUCGAUACGGUUCCAGCUUCGAUAGAGGCUUUGCCAGAGGUUGUACGUGCCGUUGGCGAUGAUUUGGUUGUCAUGCUGGAUGGAGGCAUCAUCCAGGGUAACGACAUCUUCAAAGCCUUGGCAUUAGGAGCUAAAACGGUCUUUGUGGGCCGCCCAGCAGUCUGGGGCCUGGCAUACAACGGACAGAAGGGUGUGGAAGAGAUGCUUAGUGUUCUGAGAAAGGACUUUGAAAUUACCAUGGCUUUAAUUGGCAGCCAAACUCUUAAAGACAUCCAACCGUCGAUGGUGGUCCAUGAAUCGCAAUAUGCUAAACUUUGACUUGACAAUUAAUCCUUUUAUAUGUGUCCCUAUUUCUUUUAUAUUCAAUAAAAAAUGAAAAAGUA